GCCCUCACUUCCCUCUCCUGGAGCACAUGAAUUCUGAAAGGGAAUUACAAACCCUUGAAAAGAGAUAUUUUGAUGAAAGAACCGCAAAUUAAAUUAAUCAAAAACAUAGACUCAUCUCCCCCCAUUAAUCUAUCUGUCAUCGCCAUCACAAGCUGUCUCUCAUAAAGAAAAAGAAAGGCAUUACAUUAGCGAAACAACCUGUACUACUUUUAAUGGUAUCAUGGAAGGAGGAGGUAGUGAUGAUCAUCAACUCCACCACCACCGCCACAACCACCACCAUCGCCCUACUUUUCCAUUCCAAUUGCUAGAGAAGAAAGAAGAAGACAACCAGCCUUGUUCGUCCUCUUCCUCCCCCACUUUCCCUUCUAUGGCCCUCUCCUCUUCCUCUGCCGAUCAAACUAACACCCCCACUUCCAUUUCUGCCCUCCAAAUCUCCCCCGACCCUUCCAAAAAACCUCCCCCUAAACGUACUUCUACCAAGGACCGACACACCAAGGUCGACGGACGUGGUCGUAGGAUCCGCAUGCCAGCUCUUUGUGCAGCUAGGGUUUUUCAACUCACCCGUGAGCUCGGCCACAAAUCCGAUGGUGAAACAAUCGAGUGGCUGCUCCAACAAGCUGAACCAGCAGUGAUCGCCGCCACGGGCACCGGCACAAUCCCUGCAAACUUCACUUCCCUCAACAUCUCCCUCCGUAGCUCCGGCCCAAGCAUGUCAGUUCCUUCUCAGCUACGCUCCUCGGGUUUCAACUCCAACUUCUCUAUGCAACAACGUCGGAGUUUGUUCCCCGGAAUCGGACUCGAAACAACCCCGACAUUCCUUAAUUUCCAAUCGAAUACUAGUAGUAACUUGAACUUCAUGUUCCAAACUAAGCAAGAGUUGCGUGACAAUGAUGGUACGUCGUUGGAAAUAUCAGAAACUGAAGAAGGUGUUCUAGGAAGGAAAAGAAGACCCGACCAAGAUUUAUCUUCACAACAUCAAAUGGGGAGCUACUUGUUGCAGUCAAGCACUGGGGAAAUCCCGGCGGCAAGUCACGGUCAGAUUCCGGCGAAUUUUUGGAUGGUUACUAAUUCUAAUAAUCAAGUUAUGAGCGCCGAUCGUGAUCCUGUAUGGACGUUUCCAUCGGUUACUAACAGUGCUUUGUAUAAGGGUCCUAUGUCUAGUGGAUUGCAUUUCAUGAAUUUUCCAACGCCGAUGGCCUUAUUGUCAGGUCAACAAUUGGGCUCAAGCAGCGUUUCCAGUGGUGGCGUUGGUGAUGGAAGUAGUGGCUUAAGUGAAGGGCAUUUCAAUAUGUUAGCGGGAUUGGAUCCUUAUCGUCAAGUGUCGGGCACUGUCGUAUCGGGGUCACAAGUGAGCAGGUCACAUUCGCACCACGACGGAGCUGGUGGCGGCGAUGAUCGACAUGAUACAACUAGUCAUCACUCAUAGAAAUGAUCAUCAUCACCAAGCAUCCUCCUUUACUUCUUUUGAUUGGUUGUGUAAUUUGAUGUGUAACACACGUGAGGGUUUGAUGGAGAGUAAGAGACUGACAGACAGAGGUGAAGACACUAUUUUAUAUUAUUUAUUACACUCAAUUUUAUUUUAUCUUUAUUUCA